CUUUGGUCUUUAAAGUAUAAGACAGGAUACAAGGAGCGAGAAAGAACUACAGAUUAAAAAACUGUCAGAUAAUCUGAAACAUGAGUUCGCGAUCUCGUGCCUCCAGGGUGCGACAGCAUGUUCACUGUGACUCCUGCUACAGCCGGCGCUGCAGGGCUCGGGUGGAGGUCUCUGUGUGCUGUGCAGUCAUCCCUUGCCGCCUUCACUGUGGGGCUCUCUUCCACCUGUGCAAAGAGGAGGAUCACCUGCUGCUCUGCCCUAAUGUGAGGGUGCCCUGCCUAAACGCUGGCUAUGGUUGCUCUCUUCAGCUGCCCCGGUCCUCACAGGCAGCUCACCUCCAGGUGUGUCCGGCCAGCGUGGUGUGCUGCUCCAUGGAGUGGAACCGCUGGCCUGCAAAUGAUGCCCACUCCUAUCCAAACACAGAGCUGCAUGAAAAUCUGCUCCAAGAAAGAUGCAAAGGUGGAUGUCUGGACCUGGCCAUGGCCUUGAAGGACCAGGACCUCCUGUUUCACUCCCUGAAGAUGAAGAGACUGUUCCCAGAGCUGAUAAAGAGUGUGGAAGAGGAGGAGAAAGAGGAAGAGAAGAGGGAAGAGGAAAGACAGAGGAAAGAGAAGCAAAAGCAGAAGAGGGCAGCGUUGGAAAAAGAGGCAGCAGAAAAGGGAGCCACCUGGGAGUCUUCAAACAUCUUUGCAAUCUACAGUGGAAAAGAGGAUGAGGAUGAGGAGGAUGAGCUCUCAGAAGAUGAGUAUGAACAGGAGCCAAUGCUCUCCCAGGAAGAGAGAGAAGCUAUCGCAAGGAACUCAGAAGUUCAUGCUAACCUGUUAGAAAACUACAAUGCCUGGGAACGCAUGUUUACUAUGGAGAUGGGCAGAUGCAGGGAGAGUGAAGGGGCAGGACAAGGUCAAGGCCUUGCUAAAGGACCAGGAAGCAGCUUGGACACUGUGACAGAGGAGGAUACCGCCUGUGAAGGCCCAUCCAAUGCCUGCAAACAGGGGAGUAAUGCAUGCAUUACUUCCACCACAUCCAGCUCCUCCUGUCUUGGUGGAAAAGUGAAGAAGAAAAAAUUUGUGUAUGGACACAUUGAGCCCAUGAAGAUUAUUACUGUACGUACUUUUAAAGUGCCAACCAGCUUCUCUGCCAGGGCGGGCCGUAUCCGUAACCCUGGUUUCUACCGGAGGGAGAGUCAUGCUGUGGACACCAGGGACCUGGGGGUGACGCCAGAGGAGAUGCCAGUGUGGGAGGAAGUCCAGGCCUCUUUGUUGUGCUCCCUUGAGAAGGAGCAAAGGGGUCACCUAAUUGCAGAGAGCAAAUGCACAGAUGGUCUGUUACAAGAUGAGGGCACACAGACUUAUAAUUUCUUGUCUGCUCCCUUCCGGAGAAAUAUGACACUGGCAGACCUGACUGCUGAGAAACCGCUUGAGCUGCACCUUCAGCUGCAGGUGGAGAGUGUCACCAGCCGCCACAACAAGGCCAGCUCUGCCUUUACCUUCCUCUGUGGACACACCUUUCAGCGGAGAGAAUAUGGACAACAUUAUAAGAACAUCCACAGCGACAUCCAGAUGAGUGUGAAUGGAUGGUUUGAGCAGCGAUGCCCCCUUGCCUACCUGGGAUGCACCUACAGCCAGAAGAGGUUUCAUCCAUCCACACAUAAAGCUGACGUUUCCUACAAUGAGGAUCUGGGCUGUUUCAGCCUGCUUCCCACCAUCCCUGCUUCUCUGGGUAACACCUCCCAGCUGUCUGAGAGCUCAGCCGACUCCUUCACUGCUCAGAGAAGGAGAGGAGGGAGUGAGGAAGGGGAGGACUCUUUGAGCUUGCUACCCUAUGAGGUGCUGUGCCACAUGGCCAGUUUUCUGGACAGUCUGUCCCUGUCCCAGCUGGCUCUGGUGUCGAAGCUGAUGAGGCAGGUGUGCUGGUCUCUGCUGCAGGAGAGAGGGAUGGUCACCCUCCGCUGGGAGAGGAUUACUAAUUCACAUGAAGGUGCCAAGUGGAGGGUGAAACAGAGGGUUUGGCAGUUCAGUACUUUGUUCUCCUCCGUGGACACUUGGUGCUUCAGGGACAUGCCCCCCAUAUCUGAGCAUCUUAAGGUGUGUCCCUACAAUGAAAGAGAGUCCAGGACAGAGAAGAUUCACCUGCCACGUGCCUUACAGGAAGUCCAAGCCAACACGAGCUGCAAAGGUCCCACUCUGGUUAGCUUGUUCCAGCAGAAAAGGAUCAUGAUGUAGUG